UUUUUUGUUUUUAAUAGAUAUACACUUAUUACAAAUUGUAAUCAUAAAACUUUAGGUUUAUACUAUUUAUGGUUUUCAUUUUUAUUUGGUAGUUAUGGUUUCUUAUUAUCUGUUAUUUUACGUACUGAAUUAUAUUCUUCUUCUUUAAGAAUUAUUGCACAAGAAAAUGUUAAUUUAUAUAAUAUGAUAUUUACAUUACAUGGAAUUAUUAUGAUAUUUUUUAAUAUAAUGCCAGGAUUAUUCGGAGGAUUUGGUAAUUAUUUUUUACCAAUUUUAUGUGGUUCACCUGAACUUGCAUACCCAAGAAUUAAUAGUAUAUCUUUAUUAUUACAACCAAUUGCUUUUAUCUUAGUAAUACUAUCUACAGCAGCAGAAUUUGGAGGAGGAACAGGAUGGACUUUAUAUCCACCAUUAAGUACAUCACUUAUGUCUUUAUCUCCUGUUGCAGUAGAUGUAAUUAUUAUAGGUCUUUUAGUAUCUGGUAUUGCUAGUAUAAUGUCUUCUUUAAAUUUUAUUACUACAGUAAUGCAUUUAAGAUCAAAAGGUUUAACAUUAGGUAUAUUAAGUGUAUCUACAUGGUCAUUAAUAAUAACAUCUAUAAUGCUAUUAUUAACAUUACCAGUUUUAACAGGUGGUGUUUUAAUGUUAUUAUCAGAUUUACAUUUUAAUACAUUAUUUUUUGAUCCUACAUUUGCUGGAGAUCCAAUAUUAUAUCAACAUCUAUUCUGGUUUUUUGGACAUCCUGAAGUAUAUAUUUUAAUUCUACCAGCAUUUGGUGUAAUUAGUCAUGUAAUAUCUACAAAUUAUUGUAGAAGUUUAUUUGGAAAUCAAUCUAUGAUUUUAGCAAUGAGUUGUAUUGCUAUAUUAGGAAGUGUAGUUUGGGCUCAUCAUAUGUAUACUACAGGUUUAGAAGUAGAUACAAGAGCAUUUUUCACAUCUACAACUAUUUUAAUUUCUAUUCCUACUGGUACUAAAAUAUUUAAUUGGAUAUGUACAUAUAUGGGUAGUAAUUUAGGAAUAACUCAUAGUUCAUCUUUAUUAUCAUUAUUAUUUAUUUGUACAUUUACUUUUGGUGGAACUACAGGAGUAAUAUUAGGAAAUGCAGCUAUCGAUAUUGCAUUACAUGAUACAUAUUAUGUAAUUGCUCAUUUCCAUUUCGUAUUAUCAAUAGGUGCAAUAAUUGCAUUAUUUACAUUAAUUAGUAGUUUUCAAGAAAAUUUUUUUGGUAAAUCUUUACGUGAAAAUUCAAUAAUUAUAUUAUGGUCAAUAUUAUUUUUUAUUGGAGUUGUUUUAACUUUUUUACCUAUGCAUUUUCUUGGAUUUAAUGUAAUGCCUAGACGUAUUCCUGAUUAUCCAGACGCUUUAAAUGGAUGGAAUAUGAUUUGUUCAAUUGGUUCAACAAUGACUUUAUUUGGUUUUUUAAUUUUUAAAUAA